AUGGAUCGAAUUAUUCUACGUGUAAUAGAAUUAAUCAACAAACAAUUGUUAUCAUCAUCACGUGAUCCUUCUGGAGAUUUCAUAUUGAUCAAUAUUCGAAAUGGUCUUAAUCAAUUACUGGAAUCAAAUUUCUCAAAAAGUGAUUGGAUUCGAUUGUUUUGUCGACAGAUGAAUCGAUUAAUGACUAAUAAUACUUCAAUAUCAUAUGAACUUUGGAUGGAAUGGCAUGAUGAUAUUCUUUGUAUAAACAAUGGUCGAAACAGUAAGCAACUGAACAGUGACAGUUGGGAACGAUUUUUAGAGAAAAUGGAAUUUGAAAGUCGAUUAGAACAAUGUGAACGGCAAUUUCAAGCAGAUUUUGGAGAAAGAAAAAGUUUCAAUGAAUUAUUUACUGAAUAUCAUGGUUUUUUUCAAAAUUAUCUUCGAAAAUGUCUUUCUCUUCAUUCAAAAAUCCGCGUACUAAGUUUAUUUGAAAAUCUCGAUGAUCUUCUUUAUAAAGUUUACGACAUAACUGAUCUUUCAUUGACUACAGAAAGACGAAAAUGCCUUGAGAAAAAACUCGAAUAUAUUGCUAUUGAUCUCGAUUGUUCAAAGAAAGUCUUACAAUGUUAUGAAAUUUCAUCUCCUCAAACUAAUAAUUCGAAUCGUUUUUUACCUUCAAUCAAGUCAAUCGAAAUAACUAAGAGGAAUCAGAUCGAAGCAAUCGAAGAUGUAUUACAAUCCAAUCGCUGGCUUGUGAUCUUGAGUGAUCCAGGUCAUGGCAAAACUAGUCUUCUUCGAUGGUUGACUCGGUUUUUCUCGGAAAAAACUUUACAUAAUGGCGAAGAAUUUGUUCGUAUUCCAAUUUUAAUUCGAAUUAGGGAAUUUGCAGCAUGGUUCAACCUUCAUCCAACAAGGACUUUGAUCGAUUAUAUUGGAGAACAUACCUGGUUUUUCGAACGUUAUUGUGAGGAUCACGAUAAACAUAUCUUGAAAAAAUUGAUCGAUCAUGGUCAUGCAUUAAUUCUUCUUGAUGGACUUGAUGAAAUUGCCAAUAUUGAACAACGAGGACAAAUUGUUAAUCUCGUUCGAACAUUCAUCGAUGUUUAUGUUCGUGCACCGGAUUUUACUUCGGCAUUUGACUCUAAAAUGGUUCGAAAACACAAGAACCUGUAUUUUCCCGAAACUAUCGAAACACCAUUACCAAGUCAAUCUCGUGGUAAUCAAAUCAUUGUCACAAGUCGUAUUGUUGGCUAUCAGUUGUACUCAUUGCGUCUAUGUUAUUUAACUUUCCAACAUCAUGGUUUAUCAAAUAAUCAUCGAGAAUUACAAAAAUAUACCAAUCAAUUAAUAUCUUUACUAGAACACAACAUCGCUUUUGUUGUCGAACGAGGUUUACAAGUAUUUGCUUUUCAACAUUUAUCAAUUCAAGAAUAUUUUGUCGCUCAAUCUCUUGUAAAAACUUGUUCGAUUGAAAAAAUUGCAGAACGUAUUGUUUCAUUCACUGUUGAUUCUCGUUUUCAUGAGCCACUUGUUUUGGCUGUUGCAUGGAUUAGUUUCAAUUUGUCAUUUGAUGCUUAUAAUCAAUUCUGUCAUUUGCUUCUUACUUCCACCAAAGAUUAUUCAAUUCCCUUUGGAACAAUUCUACUAUUCGAUACUUUCAACGAUUUGAAAAUACUUCCAUCAAGUUCAGUCCUUCUUCAAGCAUUAAAUACUCUAUUUGAUCAUCCCUCUAAGCUUAUUGGAUCAACAUAUUUCUUUUGGAGUUUAUCUCGAUUACGAGAUGAUAUUAUCAUAGAAUGGAUGCAAUCAUCUUUGAAAGAUUACAACUCCAUUUCAAAAUUUUGUCAAUGUCUUGAGACAAAACAUAUGAACGAUCCAUUGAUCUUUGUUGGAAAACAAAGAGAUGAACUGCAAGAUGAAAUGAUUGGUUUAAUGUAUUCAUUAAUACCAGAUCUUCCGUUAUUAACAUCAACUUUUCUAUUUAUUCGAUGUAAUCGAGUACGACUAGUUUUUCCUGAAUUAUUCCGAGAAAUGUCGACUAUCAUCGGGGCAAAAUUGAAUGAAACUGCUGGAAAUAGACCAAACGACGAGCAAGAGGCAGCAUUCCUUGCACUACGACAACUUCAUAAUCCCGAUCUGGCCAAUUAUUUAUCAGAAUUUGCUAGAAAAAUAAAUAACUUAUCUGGUCUUCUUCAUUUCAAUUCCACAAUAUUCUAUCGUUAUUUUCAUGAUACGUCGAUCUUUCAGUCGUGUAAUAUGAGUCUUUUAUCAGUUAUGUAUUUAGUUGAAUUAACUUUUGAUGUUCAGAAUCUUCCAAUUAAUAUUAAAAAAGAUCCCGAUCAAAUAUGUUCUUCAUUUAUGACGGUUUUUAGACAAUUAUGGACUCAAUUGCCAAGAAGUGCAAAGGUAAUGACUGUUGAAAUAGCAACACUGAUUACAAAUAAUCUACCAACAUUGAACGAGCCAGUCAUUUCUUCUGUUAUUAACUGCAUUUCUAAAUGUGUAUCGAUCAAUAAAAGAGCGAUUCCCGUAAUUAAACAAUGGCUCAAAUAUCAAAUGGAUGAAAAUUUAGAAGAUUUUGCACAAUAUGCUGCAUUAGAAUUAAUAAUCAAUGGUUCAGAUAUUCCUAAUUUAAUCGAUAUUGUCAAGACGAUGUUUCACACCAAUAAUUGUUUCCGUGUCAUAUUCGUUGCCGAUCGUUUGUUCAAUUCUCCACUUGUUGAUUCAACAAUCGUUCAUCAAAUUUUAGUUGAAUUACAACAAAAUGUUCGUUAUGCUUCGAAAGUUUCUGUUUGGCUCAAUCGUAAAGAUACACUCAAAUUGCUUCUUAAUUUAGAAGUUCAACAGCUCAUUUUGAAUACUCAUCGACAAGAUAGACUUUCCAUUCGACCAUGUCUAUUGAUGAUCAAUGGUUGUUCGAAAGAUUUACAAUUCUAUCUUUUAGGACAUCUUCGUGCGUUUAUGAAUAAAAAACUUCAAAUUCCAAAUUCUAUUGAAGAAGAAUAUGUUGCUAUUAUUGUUAAAUGGAUUAUCGAAAGAUUGAUUCAAGAUGAAACAAGACAACGCCUAUUAGUCAAUUUAUACCAAUAUAUUUUCACAUUACUUCACGAUCAACGAUUUCCUCGAAUUCAAAAAGCCAUUGUUAAUGCUCUCGAUGCGAAAUUAGACAAUAUUGAUGUUCUUUAUUCAUUAUUUGGAAUCAAUAAUGAACGGCUUGAUAUUUUAGUACAAGAUGAUGUAUUUACUAACACUCUUAAUCUUGCAACGACAUUAUCAAUUACUGAUGUAAAACUUGAUUGA